GCUCUAAAUCAAGGCUGUCGCUGUGUGGAGCUGGACUGUUGGGACGGAGAUAAAGGAGAACCAAUCAUCUAUCAUGGACACACACUCACCUCCAAAGUGCCCUUUGUUGAAGUCAUUGAAACAAUCAACGAGUACGCUUUUAAGGCCUCUCCCUACCCUCUGAUCCUGUCCCUGGAGAACCACUGCUCUGUGGAACAGCAGACAGUGAUGGCCCGGCAGCUGCGCUCCAUCCUGGGGGACAAACUGCUCCUCAAGCCCCUCAGUGGUCAUGAUACCCGCCACCUGCCUUCUCCAGAGGAUCUGAAGUGGAAAAUCCUGGUAAAGGCAAAGAAGGAGAUUACAGUGGACGAAUGUUCAUCCAGUUCUUCAGACCUCAGCUCCUCAGACGAGGAGGCCAGCAGGACCGAAGGGAAAUCCAACCGGAAAAAAGAGGACAAGAGGGUGCCACCAGCUCAGCCAGCCGUGUCCAAACUGAGUCCAGAGCUGUCCGAGCUGGUGGUGUACACUCGCAGUGUUCACUUUAAAAACUUUGAGGACGCUGCCAGAAAGCCAGCCUCCGACAUGUCCUCUUUCUCCGAGAGUGAAGCGCUCAAGCUGGUCAAAGACUCAGGCAUGCACUUUGUGCGUCACAACUGUCACCAGCUCAGCAGAAUCUACCCGUCAGGCCAGCGCCUGCAGUCCUCAAACUACAACCCGCAGGAGAUGUGGAACGGAGGCUGCCAAAUCGUUGCUCUGAAUUUCCAGACAUCUGGGGAGCAGAUGCAUUUAAACCAAGGCCGGUUCCUGCAGAACGGCCUGUGUGGUUACGUCCUGAAGCCUUCCUUUAUGUGCCAGCCCGACACCACCUUCAACCCGGAGAAUGUCGGGGGGGGUCCCGGGCACAGGCCGACGCUCCUCACUGUGGAGGUCAUCUCAGCUCAGCAGCUGCCUAAACCACAAUGCGACAAGCCCAGCUCCAUAGUGGACCCCCAUGUGUGGGUGGAGAUACACGGAGUCCCCAUAGACAACAGUAGAAAGAAAACUCAUCAUGUGGACAACAAUGGCUUCAACCCCAGAUGGGAUUGCAUCUUUAACUUUACUGUUCAUGCCCCGGACCUGGCUCUGGUCCGCUUUCUGGUGGAGGAUCAUGACUAUACCUCCAGCAAUGACUUCUUGGGACAGUUCACUCUGCCUUUAUCCAGUCUGCGCACAGGUGUUACCGGCAUGUCCGCCUGCUCAAGCUGGAUGGUUCCAGCCUCUCACCUUCAUCCCUCUUCAUCCGUGUUAAGACCACCCCUUGUUAGAGUGAUCAACCUAAGGCUGCUGCUGCCCAUCCUGCUGGUCACCACCCAGACCUUUAACCACCAA